GAUUACAAUUCCACCUAGCCAGUUCAACAACACCACUACUCAACUUAUGAUCAUUCGGCAUUCUCAAACCAUGGUCGCGCUCCGCACGCGCGCCUUGGGACGUGCCCGACAUGUUCUCCUCGACAGUAGGCCCCUCGUCACCAGCCCGGCGCUGCGGCUACCGCGCUCUCCGAUCCGCGGCCGGACACUGGCGACGCCGUCAGAUCCGAUCGACCAGCCGUUCACGAGCUCGACGACGCUGGCGAGCAAGUCCGAGUCGGGCAGCGCUCCCCCACCACCCGUCGGUGAGGGCGAGGGUGACGCCGAACCCGAACCCCCGUUGCCGCCCACCCCCUCCUUCCCCGCCAUCGUCACGACAUUGACGGCCCCUCCACCACCGUCGACCCCGCUCGCGCCCGAACACCACGUCCUCUUCAACCACCUCGCGACCUCGUUCAUCCCCUCCAACCAGCCAUGCGUGUCCCCGUCCCAAGGGACGCUCAUGCAGGACGGUCCGAUGGGCAAGAUCAUGGUCAUUGACGAGACCGAGGCGAUCCCGGAUGACGAGGACCCCGUUAUCGCGCUCGUGUCGCCCUUUGAGGGAGGAGAUGCUUACAUCGCGCGCGCUGUCAACGAGGUCGCAGGGCACCUGAGUGCAGAUGUUGUCCGGCUAGACCUCGCGCUCGGCGUUGGUCUCGACGGCCCGUUCGCGCCGCUCAAGGAGACUGGCAUCGCGGCACCUCCUCUGCCCCAGAGCAUCAACCCGCUCCUCUUUACCCCGUCGACUCGUCCGCCCGAGAGCGCGCCCCCGCCCAUGGAAGAAGAGGAGGAUGAAGAUGACUCGGGCAUGGCAGCAAACUUUGGCCGCCGUGUCCCCGCCAUGCUGGCUGUCGGCGGCCCAGGUCCCGGCGGCUCGCCGUUCUUCUCGUCGAAUGUUCGACGUGAGGGCACCGAAGUCAACGAGGACUGGAUCAACUUCUUCACCAGCCUCAUCAACAUGCAGCUGCCUGACGGCGAGGGUACCCCCGCCGCCCGGCGUAUCCUCCUCCUCGAGUCGGCCGCGGCCAUGUCCGAGACCUUUGAGAUCUGGUGGCCUUCACUGCUGGAAGCCGUGCGCCGUCGUCGCCGUGGACCUGUGACUCCGUCAAGCCGAGGAGCAAAAUCCAAGAUUUCACAGAAGCCUACAACGACCCAGCCCACGACCAUCGUGCUGUCCGUCCCUCCUUCUCUCCUCCUUCCUCACACUGCCGAGAGCAACUCGGAGUCGCGCGAGGAGAUCGAGUCGCAGAAGGACCGCAUUCGGUCUGUUGUCGAACAGCUUGGCGCCACCGUUGACGCGGUGCACGUCGUCGACGGUGGUGAUAAGAGCGAAGAGAAGCUGUGGUACAGCAGCGAGGAGCACGACCACGAGGGCAGGAAACUGCGAGAGGAGAAGCGCCUGCGCGCAAUCUUCAACCAGGGCCCCGCGGCCUUGUUACCAAGUUUCGUGACUCCCAACGAUGGAGGACAGGCGCAGGGUGGCCACCCCAUUCUUGACAUGCUCCACCAGGUGGUCAACCGCAAGACCAAGGGAGACGGCCAGUCGGCGCCGCAGCUGGUCUGGAAGACGCUGGCCGUCGUUCCUUCCGUCCGCGACGCCGAGCUUGAGCGCCACGAGCGUACGCUCCGCCGCCGGGCCGUCAACGCCGCACUCAUGAUGCGUGCUGUUGGCCAGCUUGGUGCGACGCUCGAGGAGCCGCUCACGAUGCUUGAGGCACCGGGCUCGGCACCUUGGCGUGGGCGGAAGAAGCGCCUUCAGCGCCGCAAGGAGCCGGACCCAGAGUGGGCCGAGGCUGUCAUUGCCUGGAACGACGCCAUGGACCUGGCCAGCACCGCCGUCGGCAAGGCGGCGACCGAGGCCGACUCGAUCAAGCAGGCCAUAGUCCUCAAGUGGGGCGAUAUCCAGAUUGCGCGCGCCAUUGCCGCCGACCACGAGCGGCACAUGGACGACACCGUUUCGCAGUAUCUUUCUGUCUCUGACCAGCAGCGCAAGCAGCGCAGGAAGGAGGAGAAGAAGAAUGCGCCCAAGGAGCAGCCGCCGUCCAGCGAUCCCGUGGUCGAGGCAUUAAAGAAGUCCAAAGACCUUGGAAAGCACGAGCGCCGACUGCUUGGGUGUAUUGUCGACCAGAACCAGCUUGCCAAGGCGUCGUUCGACGACGUUCACCUGCCCUUUAAGACGAUCGACGGCAUCCGAACCGUCAUCUCCCUGCCCCUGCUCUUCCCCGAGGCGUUCCAGAGCGGUAUCUUGAAGGACCACACGACAAGUGGAGCAUUGCUCUUCGGCCCUCCUGGUACCGGCAAGACGCUGCUCGCUCGGGCCAUCGCGGCCGAGAGCGGCUCACGGAUGCUUGCAAUUCAGCCCAGCGAUGUCAACGACAUGUGGGUCGGAGAGGGUGAGAAGCUGGUCAAGGCCGUCUUCUCGCUCGCACGCAAGCUCUCGCCCUGUGUCGUCUUCAUCGACGAGGUCGACAGUCUUUUCGGCGCCCGCUCAGCGCGUGACGCCUCUGGUGGUGCCAAGGCGCACAACCAGGUGCUCACCGAGUUCAUGCAGGAGAUGGACGGUCUCAGCUCGGCGAUUAGCAACCGCGACAAGCGAGUCGUUGUCGUCGGUGCCACCAACCGGCCGUUCGACCUUGACGACGCAAUCCUUCGUCGUCUGCCCCGUCGCUUGUUGGUCGACCUGCCAACAAAGGCGGAUCGCAAGGCGAUCCUGAGGAUCCUCUUGCGCGACGAGAUGCUUGCCGACGACAUUGACCUGGAUAAGAUUGCCGAGCAGACGGAGAGCUUCUCUGGAUCGGACCUGAAGCACCUCUGCGUUGCAGCUGCACUUGCUGCAGUGAAGGAACUCAUCGAGGUGCCGUGGAAGGCGGCGUCGGCCAAGGCUACAGCACGGGCGACGAAGCCGGUGGCAACAAGCACCGCGCCGGGCGGUUCAGAUCCCCGGGCAGAUGUUCGUGUCGCGGUCGAUGAGCCAGCCCCUGAGCUGGUGAAGACGGAGGCGGCGCCCGCAGUCGCCGAGGUCCCAACAGCGGAGCUGUCUCCUGCCGGCAAGCUCGUCGAGGAGACAUACCUCAAGCAGUUGAGCGAGCGGGCCAGCGAUGUCCCCGGUGCUGGCGCAUCGACUCCCAGUGCAUCGGAAACCGCUGCAACCGGGUCGGCCGCGCCAGAAACCAAGGCGUCGUCGUCACCUACGAAUGGAGAACGACCCACCCGCCCACUAUCAAGGCCAAAGAUCAGCCUCGACAACCGCCUGCUGCACGCUCGCCACUUUGACACGGCGCUCGGCGAGAUCCGACCAUCAUCUUCGGAAGAGGGCACCAUGUCCGAACUGCGCAAGUGGUCCGAGCAGUACGGCGAGGGCGGCAAGAAGCGGGGCAAGAAGAGCGGCUUUGGCAAAGGGUUUGGGUUUGGGCAGGAGAAGCUGGGUGUGGGCCAGAACUUUGGCCGUGUGGGCGAGGAGAGCAACUAGCAUUGGCGCACAUAUAUAGAGCAGCAUCAUAUCCACUGCACCAGCAUUGCAAUGCAU